GAAGCGCUGAUUUAGACUGAUUUAAAUCAUUCGUUUGUUUUCAUGAAACGAUUAUUCUCCAAGUCUGGAGCUAAGCCGCCUGCGAAGUCUCUAUCUACUUCUACAUCAGUUCCGGUCACAGCAAAGACGACUGCUCCUCACACCACUGGCCUUCAGCCCAAAGAUAUCGUUCCACCUGUCCCUCAUCCAUAUCCCUACGACUCUAUCGCUCUUCUGGUCUCCGAAGAUGGUCUAUUACUGAGGCCUAAUCUAUCUGAGCCUGAUGCAGCUUUGGGCUGCGUCCGGGUUGCUUGGGGGAAAGGCGGCCAAAUAGAAGAAUUGUCUGGAGGGAGCGGCAAAGUGUAUGAUUGGAAAGAAGCGAUAAUCGUUCAUGGAAUCAUCGGAAUCUUGGAAUUAUUCUCUGCUUCGUACAUAUUGGUGGUCAUAGCGAAGGAGAACGCUGGGAAUUUCUUCAACCCAACACAUGUUGUUUUCAGUGUCAAAAGUGUUGCUGCCAUACCCCUGUCCGAGGACCGAGCUCGAAUAAUCGUAAACACUCUUGCUGCUAGAAAUGGCCUUAGUCGACCUACACUUCAAUCAACUAUCACCAUAGACACUAUAUCCUCGUCUGCAGAGAAUGGUCCUACAGAUCACGAUGAAUUAGUUGCCAGUACGGCGUCUUUUCCUCGCGUACAAUUUUCUGAACCAGAAAUCAACAGAGAUAAGGCUUUUGCUGAGUCCGGCUUGAAUUCUGCCCAGUCCAGUAUUCAUUCUCCCUCAGACUCUACUUCCGAGCUUUCCUUGUCUGGUUCUUCAACCCCUUCAGUUGCCGACCCUCAAAAUCCUUCAGCACCCAUCGCGAAAAUUCUUGCCUCUCGAUUAUCCUUCUGGAGCAGACUCUCUAAACGAGGCUCCCUCUUUCCAACCUCUCCUGACCAGGACAAUUUACCCACGAUUGAAAAGAAAGUACCAAAGCCCUUGACUCUGUCCCUUCAUGCAAUGAACGAAGAAGAGGAUCCCGAAGAGGUGAUUGAGGGCAUACUGAGCGCGACCGCGCCUCCACCAGAAACUGCUGAGGAAAAACAUUCCGAACUCGAAGGAAAAAUCGUUAGAGAGUGCACACGCGAGUUUUCUAAAGGCAUGUAUUUCGCAUACACGUUCGAUAUCACUCGUUCUUUACAGCACAAACAGGAGCGCAUGGCCAAUUCACAGAAGCAGCACAAUCUUCUCGCCGGCUUGGGUGCUCUUUCUUCAAAAGAUACAAACGUAUCUGAAAUCGAUCGUACCGAUCCCUUAGCUGAAUCGGAUUCCAUGCUACCACUUUGGCGUCGAGUUGACAAGCAAUUCUGGUGGAACGAAUGGCUAGCAAAACCCCUUAUAAACUCUGGCCUUCAUUCAUAUAUUCUCCCAAUAAUGCAAGGAUACUAUCAAUCAGCAUCCUUUCAUGUUCCUGAUCCGCAGGAAUCCAGUGGGGAGGGCCUUCCUGUUGACUAUGCCAUUGUAUCGAGGAGAUCCAGAGACAGAGCUGGCCUGAGGUAUCAGAGACGAGGAAUUGACGAUGAUGCGAAUGUCGCAAACUUUGUAGAAAGCGAGACCGUUAUGCGAGUUCAACGCGAUGAAUCGACCAACGUCUUUAGUUAUGUUCAGAUACGAGGAUCUAUUCCUCUCUUCUGGACACAAAAUGGAUACGGGUUAAAACCACCGCCGCUUGUCUCUGCAGAACGCACACACGAGCAACAUCUCAAUACGAUGAAUCGGCACUUCCAGAAGACUAUUCCUCGCUAUGGGCCGCACACCGUCGUCAAUCUUGCUGAGCAGAAUGGCAAGGAAGGUGGUGUAACGUGCGCAUAUCGCGAAUUUCUCACAGAAUUGAAUAAUCCUGAUGUCAAAUAUAACGAGUACGACUUCCACAAGGAAACUAAGGGCAUGAAAUACGAAAACAUCGCCCACCUCGUCGAUGCAAUGGAAAGAGUUUUCGAUUUUCAAGCGUUCUUCUGGGUUUCCGAUGGGGUCGUUUUGUCGCAACAAAAAGGCGUGUUUAGAGUUAACUGUAUAGAUUGCCUUGACAGAACGAACGUAGUACAGUCUGCCUUUGCGCGACACAUCUUGGAUAAGCAAUUAAGCGCUGUGGCGCUACUGGCACCACACGUUAUCGAGAGAACAGAGGUGGAUCGUGUUUUCAACGACAUGUGGGCUAACAAUGGUGACGCGAUCAGUCGAGCUUAUGCAGGAACGUCGGCACUAAAGGGAGAUUAUACAAGGACAGGUAAACGUGAUCUCAGUGGGCUACUCAAUGACGGUGUCAAUUCCCUGGCAAGAAUGUACACAUCCACCUUCAGUGAUUGGUUCUCCCAAGCUGUGAUCGACUACAUGCUAGGAAACCGUAACAUGUCUGUCUUCACAGAGUUCCUGCUCAAACUUCAAUCUACGGAUCCCAGGGAUCUCAUCCGCCUCUCAAAAAUCAGGGCGGAAGCCAUUGCUACUUCAGUUUCUAGGUGCCUAUCUGAAGGCGAGAGAUUGUUGUCUGGUUGGACGUUGUUUUCUCCUGAAGAGCUGAAUGCUACUAUCGCAGAAAAGUUCGAGGAGAAAGUGUUGUUGCUUACAAAUUCUGCGCUUUAUAUCGUCAGCUAUGAUUAUACCCUAGAAAAGGUAAAACUCUAUACCCGCGUGCCUCUUGGUGACGUUGUAGGAAUCAAAAGAGGUGCAUAUAUACUUUCGCCUUUGGAGGAAGCAAGCCGUGAUCCUCUCCAGAAUUCAGGAUUUAUGAUCACCUGGCUGAACAAUAACCAAACAACCCGAGUGACCAGUUAUUCCCUACGGAAUAGCGUGGAUAGCGGCGUAUCUUUGUCUCUUCCAUCAACGCCCGUUAUUCCGAAAACACCCACACCCCAGACGCCUGUAACACCUACACCUACCAAAACAGACCCCGUCACAUCUGUGGCCCAACGAUCGUUUGCCAAUAUCAUGUCGUUUAUGCCUAAGUCAGGCUCGGGACAAGAUUCGCCAGCGAGACCCUCGACUCCCUCAUCAACAUCAACAUUGUCGAGACGCAACGCCAAGGGGCUCUCGCUGACACCUAGCUCUCAACCGUCCAUUAGACGGAACGCUCUCUCCAACAUACUGUCCAAUGCCGCUAUAACCAGCCCGGGGUUAGGAAUUAUGGAGAAUCGCACUUGUUUUGCAGCGUUCAAGAUGCUUCCCAUUGAUCCAACGCGGGUUAGACGCGGUUCGUCUUAUGGUUCGACGAUAGAGUACUCCCAAGCUGCAGAUGAGCUUACCGGUGCUGCAAAUUGCAAGGAGGCGGUCGAUUUAGUGGUGGAUGUGAUCCGUAGGGCGUGUGAGGAUGUCGGGAGUGCUGCUACUGAAUCAAGACCUGGCACAGAUCAAUUCGUGGUAGAGGAGGAUGUGGUGGGGCUCGCGGAUGCGCAGAAGAUGACUAGUAUGUAUGCAAAGAUGGAGUAUGGUGUGAAGAGGUUGCUUUGGCUUGGUGGUUAACAGUAGAAUGGGCUUGUUUUUUUCUUUUCUUUACUCCGUGUUCAUGUUGUAUGAUUUCGAGAUGACACGCAAGCAGACGGACGAGUACAAUAAUACUUGACAAUGCUGAUAAAAUAUACAUGCUACGUAGUUGCGCAGAUAUCAAGUCUUUGUCCAUUGUUAUCAUGAGAGAAUAGGGAAG